AUGGAGAACAACUACGCAGGAACUCCAGUGACUCCGGGGAUGUAUGGGAAGGAAGAGGAGGUGGAGAGGCUGAAGAGAGAUCGAGACGCAUUGAGGGCCGAGGUCUUGAAGCUCAAGCAGCAACAGCAGAGCUCGAGGGAGCGUCUCAUGGUGAUUGAGGAGCGUAUCCGUGGUUCUGAGAGGAAGCAGCAGCAAAUGACUAGCUUUGUUGCUAAGGCCUUUAGCAAUCCGUUGUUUGCUGAGAGGGUCGCGAAUGGUCAGAGACGCGUUGAAUUAGGACUGAAAAGGCAGCUGACUAUGACCCCGGAUGAGGUGCUUGUGGAGUCAUUGAUCUCAGCUGCAAACGUUGGUGGGACGAGCUCAAAUCCUAUCACGGAUGAGGUGUUGGAGAAACAGCUCGAUCUUGCUCCAGAUCAAAGUGAGGUUGAAGCAGAGAUUGAGACAUUGGUUUCGGCUGCAAAUGUUGGUGGCAUGGGCUCGGAUCUGUUGGAGAGGCUUUUAAGUGAAGAUGAGGAAGUAGGAGCUGGAGACUGGGAUGAGGAACUUCAAGAACUUGUUGAUGAAUUAGACUUUAUGUAG